AAAGUGCUAACUCAAUCACAUUUCCAAAACAACUCGCGAUAUCGAGUAGGAACAACGCUACUCUGUUCCUGGCGGCUUUUUUGGUAAUAUUAUUUUUAAUCAUUUCAGUGAAUUAAAAAGUGAAGGUGAUUAGGUGUUCUUUUACUCUUUGCGUUACUGGAUUCGCGUGUGUCAUGCUUGAAGUCUUUGUCACGAACAUGAAAAUGUGAUGAAUACAGGUGCACAACUUGCUUAGAAGUAUCCAGUUGACUCUGAAGUGUUGAGAAUCCUAAUUUCAUUGUUCUAAAUAUGGAAAAGGAAGACGUACUUGAUGACAAGAGUUCAACAGCUUUUAAAAUCAACUGGUCCUCUUCAAACAUUCCUUCUAACUUUGUAGUGAACAAUACACUGCCUCCAAGUCUGGCACACAGCUACUCACAUCAAACAUUACUUGGGCAUGGUCAGCAGUUUUCCAAGAAACUACUGCCGUCUAGAACAAAAUUUCGAACACAUGCUACUGUUAAGGUUUCACCGAUGGGACAUGAUCAUUUGGCAGAAAGGAAACUUAGAGACUCAGUACAAAAAUCUGAUACAAGCACAUUGUUUGAGCUGAUCAACAAGGGUGUAAAUGUGUCUGGUGCUGACUCAAAACAUAGAACUGCUCUUCAUUUUGCAGCAGCACAAGGAAACGCUCAAACCCUAAAGGUUCUACUUGAAAAUGGAGCUAAUCCAAAUGCAAAAGAUCUUAAUGGAAAUACACCUCUUCAUCUGGCUGCUUGUACAAAUCAGGUUAAAAUAGUGACCCUCCUACUACAAGCAGGGAGUGAUGUCAAUGCUUCUGACUUCAGUGGAAAAACUCCACUUGACCUUGCAAACUCCAGGUUAAGAAUUCUUUAUGGUAAUCAGAACAUCAGAGGAAAGCCAUCAAUUUAUUGUGAGGAAGUGAAGCAAGUUAUAGAGAUGAUCAAGGCAUACAUGUCAAGACUUGGAAAUACAAAGGCAGAAGAAACACUGGAUCAACUUUGUAGCAUGCUCGGAGAUUCUACCACUACAGAAGAGGUUGAUGAAGUUCACUCUUUGCUGGCCAGUUUUACUGCAAUGAAUCUUUCACACAGUGCUGAAGACAGGACAUAGGAUUAUCAAUUGAAAGUAAUAUCAAUUUUUAAUCCAUUAAGAACAGGAAUUUAGAAUUCAUUUUCUAACCCACAGCAGGCAAAACACUACUUCUGAGGUUUGAAUUUUGUUAAAUUUCAAAGUUUUGCCUGCUCAUGAAACUGAGUCAUGAAUGGAGAUUGCAUUCUGUUACCACUAAUCAUCCCAUCAGUGAUCAAAACAGAAUUACUCUUUACAACAUCAAUACAAUAUCAUGCAGGCAAGUGAUGAGAAUACAGAAAUAUAUCAAUUAACCCUUUACACCCUAACAUCAGUAUUCAUAUUCUCCAUACGGUUCUCUGUACAUUU